CAGAGAUGGCGUGUGUCGCUGCCGCUUCCCCUCGGUUGUCCGGGGCCUAACGCGCGCACACAGUUUCCCAGAUCUGCAGCAUAUUCCUCGGGUGUCUCUUUGCACUCGUGUCCUCCACCGCUGCCUCUGUCUCAGCUCUCCUCCCACCCCACCCCCUGGCGCGGGGUGGCCGGGAGUCGGGCCCUUGUGGGUGGAGGGAUUCAGCAUCGCGCUUGGCUGGGGGAGCUGUGCGGAAUUAGCCAUGCCCUGCCCAGGCAUCCUCUGACCGGCUGCGUUUCUCCGUCUUCUCUCCGCCUGCACACCGGAGGGCAACGUAGGAUGAGAAUCGGCCACCAUGAUGCAAGGACUAAAAAACCGAACCAGGAAAGCCCUGGGUCUCCGAAAGAAAGACAAAGACACAGACACAACCAGGAGCUCACCUGACAAAGAAGGGGCUGGAAGUGGAAAGAAGAAAAAGGCCAAUGGGGCUCCCAAUGGUUUCUAUGGGGAGAUUGACUGGGACAGAUAUGCCUCUCCGGAUGUGGACGAUGAGGGAUUCAGCCUCCGGCCCGGUGACGAGGGCGAUGUCGCUUCCAAAGGAAAGCACUUUUUCUCCUCCAGCGACUCUGAAGACGACGACGAAAGCAGGAAAAAGUUCAAAAUCAAGAUCAAGCCGCUGGUGUCGGACAGUGCCAAGUGUGUCCCUCCAUCUAUGGACGAGCUAAAAGCCUCAGUGGGCGGCCUGGCCCUCUCUCCGUCUCUGAAGAGAAGUCCGAGACGCAGCCCGGGACAGAUAAAAAGAAAUUUGUCCUGUGAGGAGAUUGCCAGACCGAGACGCUCCACCCCGACUCCAAGUCCUGCGCCUGAGAUGCCAAGUGACAGGCUAUCACAGAACGUUCCUGCCUUCUUCGGGCAGCCUUCAGAGACCAAAUAUGCCAGAUAUGAUGUGGUUCCUACUGAUAUGUGGGGAGAAUCAAGACCACGGUCAGACUCUCCUCUGAGCAUAAGUUUCCCAACAGGAGGUCAGUUAAAUUCUCCUCCUCCGCUUCCUCCAAAAAACAUUCCAUCAAGAAGUCAUUAUGGUUAUCCGUCAGACUCGGCCGCCGAUCUACCCAAUGGGAGAGUAGCUCGCAGUUCUGCCCCCAUCUACCUGAACGUCCUGUCCCCCGCCUCUUACCGAGGCUCCCCGGGCCCUGACAUCGACGACGUGUUUGGCCCCGUCGACAGCCCUCAAACCAGCGAGGACGCAGUGUCACCCAGAUGGGUAACCUUUACAGAUGACAGACCCCCGCCACCCGAUGAACCAGCUCCCCCUCCACCACCGGACUCUCCUGCCCCAGACACGCCCUCGUCCACCCCCUCCACGCCCUGCCUCUCACCCGGACCGCCACCAGACGAGCCCCCGCCUUCACCUCCACCUUUUUUUCCCGGGUCUCCUCCUCAUUUCACGCCACCGGACUCGCCACCCUCUAUUGUGCUCGGACCUCCUCCUCCAGAUGAGCCAGCCCCUCCCCUGCCACCUGACUUCUCUCCCUCUAAAUCGCCCCCGGUCUGCCUUGAUGAGGAGGCGCUCGACGAAGAGGUGCUGCUGUUUGCAGCGUACUCAUCCUCCCCUGCUCCCAUCAGCCCUGUGCCCCCUCUCCCAGCCGAGCGGAGGUCUCCUCGGGCAGGGGUCACCUCUCCCCUGGUCCUGGGGUUUGCAGGAGGAAAAAGAACCCCAGAGGGUGCAUACCUGAGAGAUGAUAUCCCAGACUUUGUGGGCUCACCCAGAGAGUUGAUGCCGAGCUUCAGGGGCACACCGCCUCCUCUCCCUCCAACCACCUACAGGUCUAUCAUGUCUUCCCCCGGGCCGUACUCAGGCAGCGGCCCCUCGUCUCCAGCUCGUCCGGCCACACCUCAGUCCCGAGGCAGCCCAGUUCCUCCACCUCCUCCUCCUCGACCGUCCUCGCGACCAAAGCUGCCCCCUGGGAAACCAAUCACAGACCUGACUCGACCCUUCAGUCCGCCAGUUUUGGGCAGCCCCCCUCCUUUCGCACCCCUGGCCCGGUCAGAGAGCUCCUCCUCCAUCUCCUCCAUUACCUCACAGAGUGCAGCGUCCACUCCAACCUUAGGGAGGGACCUUAACAUAUCCACCACAGAGGCCUCACAGCCUCUGGUAUGGUUUGACCAUGGCAGGUUUUAUUUAGCUUUUGAAGGAUGCUCCAGAGGACCCAGUCCACUCACCAUGGGACCCCAAGACACUCUGCCAGUGGCUGCUGCCUUCACAGAAACCAUCAAUGCCUACUUUAAAGGCGCUGAUCCCAGCAAAUGUGUUGUGAAGAUCACAGGGGAGAUGGUGCUCUCUUUCCCAGCGGGCAUCACCCGGCAUUUUUCAAGCCACCCGACUCAGCCCAUCCUCACCUUUAGCAUCAGCAGCUACAACAGACUGGAGCAGGUCCUCCCCAAUCCACAGCUGCUCUGCUGUGAUACCACGACAGAGAGUGUCGACACCAAGGAGUUCUGGGUAAAUAUGCCAAACUUGAUGAGCCAUCUGAAAAAAGUGGCCGAACAGAAGCCUCAGGCAACUUACUACAACGUGGAUAUGAUCAAAUAUCAGGUGUCAGCAGAAGGGAUCCAGUCCACUCCUCUGAAUUUGGCAUUGAGCUGGCGAGGUGACGCCACCAACACAGACCUUAGAAUAGAUUACAAAUACAACACUGAGGCCUUGGCUGCUCCUGUGCCACUACACAACAUUCACUUUCUGGUACCUGUGGAUGGAGGCCCAGCCAAACUCCAGGCCAUGAUCCCACCUGCCAUCUGGAAUCCAGAGCAGCAGACGAUACAGUGGAAGAUUCCCAGUCUCUCUCAUAGAUCUGACAAUGGAGGAGUAGGGGCUCUCCUGGGCCGGUUCCAGAUGAGAGAGGGUCCCUGUAAACCGUCCCAGCUGGCGGUGCAGUUUACCAGUGAGGGCAGCACUCUGUCAGGGUGCGACAUCCAGCUGGUUGGGACUGGCUACCGGCUAUCACUGGUCAAGAAGAGAUUUGCUGCAGGGAAAUAUUUGGCGGAUAAUUAGUGGACCUGUUUGUGAAGGGAUCCAAGAGAAUCAAUGGCUUUUGACUGUGACGACAAUGGACCCAUCUCAUGUUUAAUGUGUUUUAAACUUUAUCUUUAGCAGCCACUGGAAUGAAUGGUUGAGAUUAAAGAGACCACAACACAGGUACAUGAUAUUUGACUUUAUGACGUCAUAUUCAGUAGACCAACUGAGUUUAUGCAAGUAAACACAAAUCCUUAGUUCUGUGUACGUGAGAAUCUUGCAGGGUUUCACAGAGUAAAGUAUAGAGAAACCAUGAUUCUUUGUUAUUGUUGACAUAACUGUGGAUUCAUGCAGUGAUCCAGCCUUAUUCAUUUCAGUUCCUUUUGUCUAACUGGUUUUCUUUGCAAAUGCACUGUAAUAAUGUGAAUAGAUUAUAUAAUAUAAAAACAAUCUUAAACAAGGUGGAAAAGAAUGGAAAUGUAAAAAAAUCUCGCAUAAGAUUACUUUGCAGUUAUAUUCCUGAGUUAUAUGUUACAUAGUAAUACCUGAUUUACACUGCCACCCCAAAUCUGAAUUUUUUUCCACCAUAUGUGAAAAAUCUUUAGUCGUCCGAACAGAGAUUUUGUUUCUGUUGAGAUGAGCCUUUGAAAUGUCACAGCCCAUCUAUCAGUCUUGCAAUUAAAGGUGAUUGGUUGCGUUACAGUUUCAGAAUGACCUGCAGCACAUGUUAUCUUUUGAAAGGGAAUUAUAUGUGUACAUUUUGAGCACUGAAAAACAUUGUUUGCAAGUACAUAAAUUAUAUUUGUAAAUAAAUUGUCAUCCAGAAAAGAGCAAUUUGAAUUAAGCAUCUAAACUUCUGUGCUACAUAAAGCUAUUGCUUCUAAAUCAAUAAUAACCUGUUUGAGUCAGUUUUAGAACUUUUCUCAUAUUCAAUUUCAAGCUUUUAAAUUCAACUUUAAAUUUACUUUUAAUAUUAAUGAUCACUGGGGCUGUUUGUAUGGUUUGGUUUGGUUUGGUUUACAACCUGCUAGCAUAAUUCACUCCACAGCAAAAAGCAGUGAUUUACCACCGGUACGCUACCUGCCAAUUACUAAACCACAGAAAAACAAAGUUAGCAACACACUGGUGAACAUAGUGGAGCAUUUAUCUGCUAAAAUUAGAUUUCAAGAUAUUUCUGUCAGGAGUUGGAGAUAAAAUACAGGGUGGAUAUUGGAUUUAUAUUCAUCUGAAUUUUGUGCGUGGCUGAAACUGGAGCACAGAGAGGUUGAUAUUGUGCCCUCAUGUGACUAAAAGCAAACAAACAAAUUAAUUUAUGGAGCACAUUCACCUUUUUUGCUCAAAUGCUAAAUUUUGUGUGACAAUUUCUCUACAAAAUAUAAUUCAUGUGCUGGAAACCAUUUUUUCCCAUGCUCAGGAUUGUAGUACAUAUAUGUCAUACUAUUUGACAUUAAACGCUGCUACUGUGGCAUUUAACCAUGAACAGGGCUGAUCGUGGCAGUAAAUCAGUUGCAGCAGUUUGACCUGCUGAAGAACGAAAGCGCUACACUGUGGGAAAGUGCAAUGCUGAGAUACAUUGAAAAUGUCACCUAUCACAGGACUGUAGUGGUAUUAGUGGUGGUGCGAGUCAUCGGCCAGAUUUUGUAAAAAUGAACUGAUAUGAUGAGUAACGUAAGCUGCUACUUUCACUGGAAAGGUUUGGGCUAAUUAUUCUGUCAAUGCUACAGGAUUUAUGUUUGAAAGGGCCUUAAGAUGUUUGAUACACAGAGCCGGAUGUGAGUGCCAUACAGUGGUGAAAAGGAGCUUUAAGUUUCAGGAGAAAUGCAGAGGGACCUGGACUGACGAUUGUAGGAGUUACAUUCAAUGCUGCUUGAAAACUUGGCCAGUUCCUUUCGACUGUGAUCUUGGACAGAGGUUUUGACGAGGAUUACUGGGGACACCUCAGAGUAUCUAUCAAGAAGGAAGCACUACUAGUGUCCCUGAUUUAAUUUCUCCCUUUUCCACCAUGUUGAAUAAAUGUUUUAUCAUUAUUUUCUAAUAGCAAUAUUUAAAAACUUAAGUGUAAAAAGUGUACAUAAAAAAAAGCUAUGUUUCAAAUAUUUCUCUGGGCAUAUAGAUGUGUCUGUGGUUGUCUCUUGGUUAAUUGAUGUCAGCACCCAUAAUGCAUUAGGUUCUGUGUAACAUCACUUUUUUGCAUCUAUUGUUUUUACAUGUGGGUUUCUUGUACAAAGAAGUGUUACUGUGGAUGAAUAACUCCAAAUGGUGCCGCAUGAAAUCUGCAUUUGUCCAUCAACAGUCUUUAUUAAUGCAAUACCAGUUUAUCCAUUUCAACAAGGUCAUUAUACGUGUUAUUGUGUAAUUGUGCAGUGAGAGGAGACGUUUUGCCUUCACAUGAAACUCCACUCUCUGUUUUGUUGUCGAUGCACCUUCAGAAGCUCAUUGUCAAUACAUUUGGCAUGUGCUCAUUGAUAUUCCCAUUCCAUGCAUCUAAAUAUAGGUGUUUGACAUUCUCCUGUGUUUGACUUGGAAAAAAACAAAAAAACCUUAAAUUUCCUUCAUCAAAACAAAGCGUGGCUUCACGUCAUGCAUACACACACGCACACACACACGUUGGUAUGUUGUGUUUGAACGUUACAUUUUACAGAAUGUUUCGAUGUGUUGACUCACAGUUUGGGCUUGGGUGUAAAAUUUCAUUUGGUUCAGAAAAAAGGAAGCAAACAUGUUUUUUGCAGUUAGUUUAGAGUAAUGUUUCAACGUGUUUCUGUUGACAACGCUUUUGUUCUUUUGCCUUAUUUAUGAGAAUUCAUGAAGUUCUCCAGUAUUGGAGGAUUUAUUCUAAGUUAAUUUUUUUUCUACAACUGUUUUUGCUGUUUUCCUUUCACUGCGGUAGACACAGAAUAUGCAAA